AUGGUCAACUUGGGACCAUCUAAAGGCUGCCGUACUUGCAAGGAGCGGCGGGUCAAGUGUGAUGAGGGCAAGCCGGCUUGCCAGCGUUGCCUGCGUCUCGGUCGAGAGUGCGGUGGCUACCAGAAGAAGGUAGCGCUCCUCAAGUUCAAAGAGCAAAAGAUCAACUAUGGCCCUGUCACAUUACAGCGUCGAUCGUCUCCCAGUUCCAGUUCAACCUCGAGUUCAACUCCUUCAAAGCAACGACAGCCACGGCAGCAAAACCAACACCCAAAUCUGACUGUAUCACACUCGAGAAGCGGGCGCAGAACGCCCAUGUCUUCGUCUCCAUCGCCUGUACCGUCUGACGAUGACAUGGCGGUGUCAUUCUUUCUUCGCCAUUUCUGUGUCUCCAACCCGCGAAAUCUCUAUAUCGGAGGCUUUUGUGAUACGUUACCGUCGGUGUUGGCAUUGGAACGGCGGGAUUCGCCGUUAUAUGCUGCUGUUGUCUCCGUUUCUUCCUGGGUGCUAACCUUCUGGAAGGACGGUCUGUCAAAUAGAAAGCCCCACGAAUGGCACGUACGGGCCAUUGAAUGGCUUCGAACUGCUAUACGCGACCCUCGAGAGAGCCAAAGACAAUCCACUAUAUUGGCUGCCUUCGUCCUCCAACUCUACGACGAUUUGUCGGCUCUCGGAUGGCUCCGUGAAGCUCCCCGUCUACAUUACGAUGGUGCAGUGGCUCUUCUGAAGCGUCAAUCUACCGAGGUGCUAUCUUCGCCAUAUUGGAACCGCAUGACAAGCCAUGUACUUCAUGUGGAGGUAGCCUCAGCUAUCCAGGAGAAGCGACAUUUCCCCUUGUCCGAAUUCUCCUGGAUACAGCUGGACCUCAUGCCCCUCAACUCCAAUACGGGGCUUGAUAUCAUUGGUAUUACAAUUGCCGACUUACAGUCGAGAUUCCUUGCUCUAAUGGAACAAAACGAUGCUUCUCCAAUCGCGGAGCAGGAUCUUGACAAUCUUCUGCUGGAUAUGGAAGAUGCCGAGGCCCAGCUCCUAGACUGGCAAAGCAACGUUCCAGACCACUGGCAUCCAUCCUAUUCACAACAAGUCAAGCUCGCCGAGCCACCCAUAACGUCGUAUGGGGGUGACUGCGACAUAUACCCCUCUCUUCAAAUAGCUGCCACUUGGAACGACUGGCGAAACUACCGCAUUCUCCUCUUCGAAAUGACCAUUGGAAUCCUCGACCGAGUGCCCCCGACGGCUUUCUCCUACUUCGACGUCAAUAAACGAGCUAAGAUGGAAGCCUACGCCCGUUCGAGCACACAAGAUAUGGUAGACUCUCUAUGUCGCAGCAUCCCCUUCCAUUUGGGCAACCGCUUCUUCAGUGGGUGUUUGGAUGAUUUGAAUGAUCCUAGCAUCGUCGUCCCCAGUUAUUAUGACCUCGAAUUCUGCUCUGACAAUCUGUUUAAGGCGACAUCUGAAGAAAAUCUAGCCAUUGCAGAAGCAUACCGCCGCCAUGUCAUUGGACUUGGGCCAUGGCACAUAUCUGUACCGUUAUGCAACCUGAUAAGAAUGAUCUCUGAGCCAUUCGGAUCGUUUAUUGCGAGAUCCCUCAGGCCUGGACAACUCGAUUUCGUCCGUGAAGAGCUCAUCAGAGCAUCAAUGAUUCUACAGAUUGAGGCCCCCGAGUUAGAGAAUGCCAAGAAAUGGGCAAGGGGGAUGCCGGUCGAGCAUUUUCAUACUGAUCCGCUCGACUUGGAUGCUGUGGUGGCGAAGAUGAGCAAUUGCCUCUGCAUUUCAAGCGGGCUUUAA